GUGGCCAUGGUUCUCAUUCUCUUGGUUGCCAUACCUCUAUUGGUCCACAGCACUAAAGGGGGAGGAGCUGGAAGUGCAGGAAGUCAUUAUGAAAUGCUUGGCAGUUGUCGGAUGGUCUGUGACCCCUAUACCCCCUCGCAACAUGGCCAGGAAUUGACGGCUGUCUCCCCGCCACCUCCAGAUUUCACAAGCCGAAGAGGAAAGUCUGGAUACAGAGGGCCUCCAGGGAUCCCAGGACCACCUGGCCCCAGAGGCCCCCCUGGAGAGCCUGGAAAGCCUGGUCCGCAGGGACCUCCAGGACCUGGUCCUGAUGGUUAUGUGUCCUCAUACAGCCCGAAGAUCGCUUUCUAUGCAGGCCUGCGCAAACAGCAUGAAGGCAGUGAUGUGCUCAAGUUUGAUGACGUGGUCACCAAUGUGGGUAACUACUAUGAACCCACCACUGGCAAGUUCACUUGUCCCCUCCCUGGUAUCUACUAUUUCACCUACCAUGUUCUCAUGAGAGGAGGAGAUGGAACCAGCAUGUGGGCAGACCUCAAGAAAAAUGGGCAGGUGAGGGCCAGCGCCAUCGCCCAGGACGCAGAUCAGAAUUAUGACUAUGCCUCCAACAGCGUGAUCCUGCAUUUAGACGUAGGGGACGAGGUGUGCGUACAGCUGGACGGGGGCAAAGUACACGGGGGAAACACCAACAAAUACAGCACCUUCUCCGGGUUCCUCAUCUACCCCGACUGACUACCCUCCAAACCUACCGCCCUGUCACCCCACAAUGCUGCUCAAAACACUCUCAAACACUCUCUCUCCCUCUUUCUCUCUCACACACACACACACACAUCCAUAUAUUGAAUAGACUUGAAAGGAGAGACAUGCACAUGGUUUGAUGCUGGCUGGAAGAAGGGCUUCACAGACAUGAUCUCAUGAGCAAACUCUUACUUUCAUUGAGCAAGUGCAUUUUCUGACAAAUUGUUUGUAUGUGUAUGCAAAUUAUGGAUAUAUGCUAUACCUAUACACCUACAAGUUUCCA